AUGUCCACUGGUGCAGGGACUAAAGAUUGCAGUGAGCUGGCCCCUGUGGUACCCCAGCCCUCCCUCAUUGAGGUGCAUAUCCACCAGGAGUCUGCUCUGGCCAAGCUCCUACUGGCAACAUGCCUCCAGCUGCGGUCCUGGGCCCACCUCAAGGGCACCACCACCCAGGCCUCAAAUAUCAGCCAGCUGCUAGUGGCAUCCUGGGUGAUGCAGAUUCUUCUGGGCAUCUUGAGUGGAGUCUUGGGAGGAUUCCUCUACAUCUGCAACUACUCCUAUCUGCUGAGCUCAGGGGCUGCCAUCUGGACAGGGGUACUGGCUAUGCUAGCUGGAACUGUUGCCUUUUUUCAUGAGCAAAAGCAUGGCAACUUCUGGGGCUUCCUGAGGACCCUGCUGGCCUUGACUGCUUUCUCCACUGCUGUUGCUGCCAUUAGAAUUGGAGCUAAUGAGCUCUACUGGGACCCCUUCCAUAAUGGGUACUAUAUCUGUGACAGUUCCUCCCAGCAGAGCUGGCCCACCCCACCAGUCAGCACACUGAAUCCAGAAGAAGCCAGGAGACUUCACCUGUGCCUUUCUUACAUGGACAUGCUGGUGGCCCUGUACAGAGGCUUCCAGACCAUGCUCCUGGGUGUCUGGAUUCUCUUGCUGGUGGCAUCUCUAGCCCCUGUGGUUCCUCUAGUCUGCCUGUGUUUGCACUGCUGGAGAAAACCCCUAUCUGUGGAGGCCAUGGAAACUGAAGCCUAUAUGACCAUGAGACAAGAAGAACUAGAUGGGGCCCAGCUACCAGUAUCAGUCACUUGUAAAGGGAUCAGUGCAAGGGAUUUUGAUUAG